AUGGCCGAAUCCUUGGCUAUCGCGACAGCCGUUGUCCAGUUCGUGGAUGUCGCAGUUCGACUUUCUUGCAAGCUGAGCUGGCUUUGUUCAGAGCUCCGAGACGUGCCACAGUGGCUACAUACUCUGAAAAGCGAGCUCGACCAACAGAUCGCCGUUGGACAGUUGUGUCAACACACCUAUGCCACAACUUUAGACCUCCCGGCCCUAGGCGUCAAUAGCGCCAACGGGAACACGGCACCGUCAUGGGGUCCCCUCGAAGACUACCUGCGCACCAUGGAGCAGCUCAGCGCCCUGAUAGAAAAGGUCUCCCACGACAGUGCCACCGGAAAGAUUGAGAGAAGCUGGAAAUCUCUGAAGGCGGUGUAUCACCGAAGAGACAUCACAAUCCUGUGUGAGACACUGGUGCAAAAGAAGGGCACAUUGUCCCUGUGGCUGACGAGUAUAAACGCCAAUAUGUACUCGGAGAUCAAGGAGGCCGUGAAGCAGAUUGCACCGGGUGUCGCUAAGGCAGUGGACCAAACCACGGGGCAGCAAGUCCAACUCGACAGGAUGAGCCAGCAAAUAGACAAUAUACACAAUCUUAUGCGAAACAACACUUCGAGAGAGACCGAGGUCCUGGGGAUUGUGAGCGAAACUAGUCUAACGGUCGGAGCCCUCAUACGAGAAUACCAAAAGGUUUCCCUAACACUGCCAAUGCUUGAUAGACACAUGAGCUUAGACUUUGCUGCCCUCGUUCGGUACCUCCUUGAGAGCGGGGCGAACCCAAACACCAUCUGGACGAACCCGUGGCGAAAUUUGGACUCAAUCUCCUACUGCUGGGCGGAGCAACAAGAGCAGCCGCUACGGUACGACAAUCGUAGCGGCACGGCGCUGGACCAAUUUGCCUGGGAACUCGUACGGUCUUGUGGAGAAGGCUAUGAGCAGGACGUUGGAAACACGAUAUACAUGGACCUUGUCCAUAGUGAUGGAUAUUUUUCAAGACCGCCUGAGAUCGAUUUAGAGAUUCAUCCUUACUUCUGGUUCGGCAUGUUUGCAAUCGAACACCGGCAACUGGAGACAUUCCCAGAGCAGUUCGAAGUCUCCGGUCUCGGCGAGGUUGCUAGAGCAGUCUUUCGGCGCUCGGAAAUCGAACUGGAGCGCGCAAUGCAGAGAGGCGACCUGGAUCACGCUUCCCCAACUGGAUUAACAGCUAUGCAUCUCGCAAUAUUUUGGCCUCAGGCUCUGCGGAGACUUAUUGACGCCGGGGCUAACAUCAACUGCGAAGAUAGGCAUGGCCGCCGCCCCGUGCACGUUGCAGUUAGUUGCGGUCAGGGAGAGGCCGUUUCGAUGUUGCUCAAAGCUGACUGCGCCAUUUGGACCCUGGGUUAUUCCGGAAGUUUAUUGCAGGAGUCGCUCUCGAAAGGCCGCAGUUUCGACCAUAUUACUGAGCUCGUUAUAGAUGCCCUAAUCGACAGGCACACGCGCCUCAUGAAUCUGGCCCUAUCAAUCCUUCCACAAAAUCUAGCUCUGAUGAAGCGUUUCGUGGGGAACGAGCUUCGAGAAGACCUCGCACCAUUGGUCUACCAAGAACUUAGCACACGAGGCCACCACCUUUGGCAGAGAGACUUUGGCGAGGUGGAUUCCGCCGUAUUGACGACUAUGGUCCGACAGGACUAA